GACAUGCUGAGUCUGCAGGAGUCGAAGCAGAGUGUGGCGGCGGUGGAGAAGCUGGCGGGCGGUCUGAGCGUGCUCAGUGACGUCUACGUGGUGUCGACGCUGCGGCUGCCGGCCAAGCUGGGCGGAGUCCUGCUGGGCCUCUACAGCAAGCAGGACAACAGGAAGUACCUGGAGGUCGCCGUCAUGGGCAAGAUCAACAAAGUGUUGCUCCGCUACGUCAGGGCCGACGGGAAGCUGCACACCGUCAACCUGCAGAACGCCAACCUGGCGGACGGGCGGAGCCACUCCCUCAUCCUGCGGCUGGCCGGCCUCCGCCGCGACAGCCUGAGCGCCGAGCUCUACGUCGACUGCCGAUUGGCCGACUCGGGCCAGGGCCUGCCGCAGCUCGUGCCCCUCCCCCGCGAGGCCGACAUGGUGGAGAUUAGACACGGGUACAAGGCGUACGCCCGCCUGCAGGUCAGUGUGUGUUCCCUCAAAGUGGCACUAGGGGGCACUGUGGCCAAAGCCGGAGCUCUGACUGACUGUCCGUUCCAGGGCGACUCUUCGGCGUACAACUCAGUGAGUGGAGACGUAAACUCCAUUCUGGGUGAUCACACCAAGGCUCUGAUUGGUCAGCUCAUCAUCUUCAACCAGAUCCUGGGGGAGCUGAGACAAGACAUCAGAGAGCAGGUGAAGGAGAUGUCUCUGAUCAGGAACACCAUCCUGGAGUGUCAGGUCUGUGGUUUCCAUGAGCCUCGCUCCCGCUGCUCCCCCAACCCCUGCUACAAGGGCGUGGCCUGCAUGGAGAGCCUGCAGUACCCCGGGUACGCCUGCGGCCCCUGUCCUGCCGGGAUGUCUGGCAACGGGACGCACUGCCAGGACAUCGACGAGUGUGUGUUGCAGCCGUGUUUCUCCCCGGCGGCCUGUGUUAACACAGUGGGCGGGUUCAGCUGUGAGCCCUGUCCUCCCGGCCUGUGGGGGGCGCCGCUGUCCGGGACUGGCCUGGACUACGCCAAGACACACAAGCAGGAGUGUACAGAUAUCGAUGAGUGUGUUGAGUUGGCCGACGCCUGCGUGCCGAACUCCGUCUGCACCAACACGGUGGGGUCAUUUAAAUGCGGAGGCUGCAGGCCUGGUUUCCUUGGUAACCAGUCGUCGGGCUGCUUCCCCAGGAGGUCGUGCGCUGCGUUGACCUUUAACCCCUGCGACUCCAACGCUCACUGCUCCAUCGAGAGGAACGGGGAGGUUUCCUGCACGUGUAACGUGGGCUGGGCGGGGAACGGGAACACCUGCGGCAUCGACACCGACAUCGACGGCUACCCAGACAGAGCUCUGCCCUGCAUGGACAACAACAAGCACUGCAAGCAGGACAACUGUGUGUACACGCCCAACUCGGGCCAGGAGGACGCCGACAACGACGGCAUCGGAGACCAGUGUGACGACGACGCCGACGGAGACGGCAUCAAGAACGUGGAGGACAACUGCAGGCUGGUGCCCAACAAGGACCAGCAGAACUCGGACAGCGACUCGUUCGGCGACGCCUGCGAUAACUGUCCCAACGUCCCCAACAGCGACCAGCGGGACACCGACAGCAACGGGCAGGGCGACGCCUGCGACCACGACAUCGACGGAGACGGUAUACCCAACGUGCUGGAUAACUGUCCAAAGGUCCCGAACCCGAUGCAGACGGACCGGGACGGAGACGGAGUCGGAGACGCCUGCGACAGCUGCCCCGAACUCAGCAACCCCAUGCAGACGGACGUCGACAACGACCUGGUGGGAGACGUGUGUGACACCAACCAGGACACGGACGGGGACGGUCACCAGGACAGCAGGGAUAACUGUCCCGACAUCCCCAACAGCUCUCAGCUGGACUCGGACAACGACGGCCUCGGCGACGACUGCGACCACGACGACGACAACGACGGUAUCCAUGACGACUACGACAACUGCCGACUCAUCAUCAAUCCCAACCAGAAAGACUCCGACGCGAACGGCGUCGGCGACGUGUGUGAGAACGACUUCGACAACGACGCGGUGAUGGAUUUGAUUGACGUGUGUCCGGAGAGCGCCGAGGUGACGCUGACGGACUUCCGGGCCUAUCAGACGGUCAUCCUGGACCCGGAGGGGGAGGUGCAGAUCGACCCCAACUGGGUGGUGCUCAACCAGGGCAUGGAGAUCGUCCAGACCAUGAACAGUGACCCGGGGCUGGCGGUGGGCUACACAGCGUUCAACGGCGUGGACUUUGAGGGAACGUUCCACGUCAACACGGUGACGGACGACGACCACGCCGGCUUCAUCUUCGGCUACCAGGACUCCUCCAGCUUCUACGUGGUGAUGUGGAAACAGACGGAGCAGACGUACUGGCAGUCCGUCCCCUUCAAGGCCAUGGCCCUGCCCGCCCUGCAGCUCAAGGCGGUGAAGUCCCAGACGGGGCCGGGCGAGUACCUGAGGAACGCCCUGUGGCACACGGGCAACACACCUGGCGAGGUGAAGCUCCUCUGGCAGGACCCUCGCAACGUGGGCUGGAAGGACAAAACCUCGUACCGCUGGCACCUCACCCACCGGCCGCAGGUGGGCUACAUCAGGGUGCGGCUGUUCGAGGGUGUGGACAUGGUGGCCGACUCGGGCGUGGUGAUCGACACCACCAUGCGGGGCGGCCGGCUCGGCGUCUUCUGCUUCUCCCAGGAAAACAUCAUCUGGUCCAACCUGCGCUACCGCUGCAACGAUACGGUGCCAGACGACUUCCACUCACAUCGCAAACAGGUUCUGAUGCACAUUCAGGUGUGAGAGCAACAAGGCGGACUGUCUACACACACACACACACACACACACACACACAAACAAACACGCACACACACUUGCACACACACAAACACACACACACACACACACACACACACACACACACAGUGCGUCUA